AGAGCUGGGAACCGGAGGGAACCCGGAGCUCAGCCAGGCGGUGCGAGAGGAGGAACCGCAGCAACGGACGCUCUGCCAGCUUGGGCCGAGCCUAGAGACACCGGCCUGGCUGGUGCACGCCAGCCGCAGACGGUGGCUGAGCAUGGAGCUGUCCCCCCCGCAGUCCUCCAGAGAUGCUGGAGUCCGAUUGCCCGUCACCCCUGGAGCUGAAGUCAGCCCCCAGCAAGAAAAUGUGGAUUAAACUGCGGACUCUGCUGCGCUACAUGGUGAAGCAGUUGGAGAACGGGGAGGUAAACAUUGAGGAGCUGAAGAAAAACCUGGAAUAUACAGCAUCUCUCCUGGAGGCCGUCUAUAUUGAUGAGACACGGCAAAUCUUGGAUACAGAGGAUGAGCUGCAGGAGCUACGGUCAGAUGCUGUACCUUCAGAAGUACGGGACUGGCUGGCUUCCACCUUCACUCAGCAGACGCGAGCCAAAGGACGCAGGGCAGAGGAGAAGCCAAAGUUCCGAAGCAUCGUGCAUGCUGUACAGGCUGGAAUCUUCGUGGAGCGGAUGUUCCGGAGAACAUAUACCUCUGUGGCUCCCACCUACUCCACUGCAGUCCACAAUUGUCUCAAGAACCUGGACCUCUGGUGCUUUGAUGUCUUUUCCUUGAACCGGGCAGCAGAUGACCACGCCCUGAGGACCAUUGUUUUUGAGCUGUUGACUCGACAUAACCUCAUCAGCCGCUUCAAGAUUCCCACUGUGUUUUUGAUGUCUUUCCUGGAGUCCUUGGAGACAGGCUACGGGAAGUACAAGAACCCUUACCACAACCAGAUCCAUGCAGCCGAUGUGACCCAGACAGUCCAUUGCUUCCUGCUGCGCACAGGGAUGGUGCACUGCCUGUCAGAGAUUGAGGUCUUGGCCAUCAUCUUUGCUGCAGCCAUCCAUGAUUAUGAGCACACAGGCACGACCAACAGCUUCCACAUCCAGACCAAGUCCGAAUGUGCCAUCCUGUACAAUGACCGCUCUGUGCUGGAGAAUCACCACAUCAGCUCUGUCUUCCGGAUGAUGCAGGAUGAUGAGAUGAACAUUUUCAUCAAUCUCACCAAGGAUGAGUUUGUAGAGCUACGGGCCUUGGUCAUUGAGAUGGUGUUGGCUACAGACAUGUCUUGCCAUUUUCAGCAAGUGAAGUCCAUGAAGACAGCUUUACAGCAGCUGGAGAGGAUUGACAAGUCCAAGGCCUUGUCUCUUCUGCUCCAUGCUGCCGACAUCAGCCACCCAACCAAACAGUGGUCUGUCCACAGCCGCUGGACCAAGGCCCUGAUGGAGGAAUUCUUCCGCCAGGGUGACAAGGAGGCUGAGCUGGGCCUGCCCUUUUCUCCGCUCUGUGAUCGUACUUCCACUCUGGUGGCCCAGUCCCAGAUUGGUUUCAUUGACUUCAUUGUGGAGCCUACAUUCUCUGUGCUGACUGACGUGGCAGAGAAGAGUGUCCAGCCACUGGUGGACGAUGACUCCAAGUCUAAAAGCCAGCCCAGCUUCCAGUGGCGCCAGCCUUCCCUAGACGUGGAUGUGGGAGACCCCAACCCUGAUGUGGUCAGCUUCCGUUCCACCUGGACCAAGUACAUUCAGGAGAACAAACAGAAAUGGAAGGAACGGGCAGCGAGUGGCAUCACCAACCAGAUGUCCAUUGAUGAGCUGUCCCCCUGUGAGGAGGAGACCCCGCCCUCCCCGGCUGAAGACGAGCACAACCAGAAUGGGAAUCUGGACUAGCCCAGGGCUGGCCCAGGUGAGCUGCUGGUGGAAGCUGGGUCAUCGUGGCCUCUGAUGGUGGUUCAUGUCUGGGGUCUGGUGGGCGAGAGGUUUCUCCUGCCCUCUUUCUAGGUUGUAAAGGUGUAACUAGCCCUGAGCUGGGUGUAGGGUGGGCGGCUUGCAUGCUUCUGAAGGACAUUUGCAUUUGUGCUCAAUCGACAGACUGAGUAGGGAAAAGCCAGGCUGGAAACGAAGGCAAAGACCAGGGAACUGAGGCAUCUCACUCUUCCUCUCCCCAGGUCUGCAGAGUCCAAAGUGUUCGAUGUCAUUAGCACCAUCCAUCGGGACUGGCUCCCCCAUGGGCUCUGAGGGAGCAUGGAGGUCGUGGAAGACACAACCCACCCAAAGGCCAAAUGCCAGAGAUGGUGGGGUUGGGGGAAGGGCCCCUCCCCACCUGACACCCAUUGGGGGUGCACUUUAAUUUCCUGGCAGCAAGCCUAGGGAACUUCAGGCUCCCAAUGGUCACUGUGCCCAUCCCCCCUGCCUCCAGCCUCCCCUACCCCACCCCUUGGCCAGAUGGCUACCUGGGAAGGGGGGAGCUUCCAGAGGCUUCCCAGGGACUAGAGGGGAGGGUCAGAGAGAUGCCAGCCCCCCCCUUGGGCCCUCCCCUAUCCUUUUUGCCUCCAAGUUUCUAAGCAAUACAUUUUGGGGGUUCCCUCAGCCCCCCACCCCAGAUCUUUGCUGGCAGGUCUGGGUUCUCCUUCUCCUCUGAGAAGGACUGGAAUGGGGGUUUUCAAAGCCCUAAUGUAUGGGGAGGGAAGGGGGGUCCUUCAGGGUGUGGGACCUUUCUAGUACGGGGUGGGGGAGGUGGUGGAUACCCUCUUUACCCUAGACUUGCACUGCUUUAGCCCACCCCUCAUCCAACCCUGCAAUCUUCCCUCUCUCCCAUGCCCAAGUGGUGACUAAGGGGAAGAGAGGAGCCAUUCAGACCAGGGACUGAGGGUGGGCCUUUCCCAAGCCUUUGAGAACUUGGGGCUGCUCUGGGAUUCCUGGGGCUUGUCACUUGCCCUGGAGAAGUCUUGGGGGUCCUUGGCCUCCUUUUUAUUCCCUAUAGCUUGGAGCCUCCCAUCCGACUAAUGUCUGUAAAGUGCUUUGAGGUCUUCCCAGCAAAGUACCUUCAGGAUGUAUUUUAUGAGCAUAGGUAGGAGAGUCCAGCCAGGUUGGGGUCCGGGUGUGUGGGGGAGGGGGAGGUAUACUCUAGUAAUCAUGUGUUGCUAACUGAAUGGUACCUCCCCUCACCCCCUCCGUUCGCCCCAACUGGCUCAGCUACAGGCACCAAGAGAUCUUCCUCCCCUGGUACACUGGUGGGUGGAAGGUAGAUGCAGGAGGGGCUCGGGGCUGCUGCUGCUGUGACCUCAGGAGAGAGCACAGCCAGACUCUGUGCCCCUUCCUGUCCUCAGGCUCCUCCUGGCCCCCACCCUGCUCCAGGAAAGGUCAAAGUCCAGGUGACUUCCCUCCUCCUUCCUUGUAAAUACUGGCCAUACAUUUGUACCGUGGGCCCUGUUCUUGUGAAGUCCAUCUCCAUGGUCUCUUAGACCUGCCACUCUGAGACUUGUCCCUCCUACCCCACCUGAGUGGGGCAGAGACGCAUGUGACUCACCCCUGUCCUUGGUCUCCCAGGCCCCUGCUAUAGCCAGAGAUCAAUAAAGAUGGGAGACUGGG